AUGUGGCUGGGGCUCAGUGGCUGUGAGAACAACUACGAUCUCAUAGUCUCGAAUCGGCUUCGUCUCGUCACAAGCCAUCUGCCGCGACCAGACACGCAACGGCCGAGCCUGGUUGUGCUGGUUGGCGGCAGAGCCAAGUCGAUUGCGCUCCAUGCCAUGUUCGGUGUGAGGAUCGCGCAGCCCGCGACUGGGUCGCCAGGAUCGAAUGAGAUCCACUUGCAUCUAGCUCCACAGACCAGCUUUCAUGAGAGGCCUGUAUUGCUAGCCGAAGGCCAUCUAUACAAUAGUCAUGCCAGGGUAGUGCCCACAACCUGUCCACAGGACGCCAGAAGACAGGCCAUCAUUUGGACGGCCCAGUCAGGUAUGGAGCGUCGCGUUACUGGUGAGCUGUACUGUCGUCUCCUGGCCCCCUUUGCCGACGUUUUCUGCUUUUUCUGUGAUGACCUCGACGGCGGUCUGGAGGGCGUUGCUCGCCACCUGGCGACAUGGCUGGACCAUGGCCCCCAAGCCCAGAACCCUGCAAACGCGCACCCAAAGAUCGUAGUCGUAAGCUCCACCGUCCUUCAUGGUGUCCAAGGUGAAGCCAAGGCAAAGACAGACCUGUUGGCGAUGUUGGAGAAGGAGACGAGAAGAGAGACAUCGAACUUGUCCGCCUACAUCAGUUUCGUUACUGUCCUGCCCCACACCAGUGUGUCUGCUACCGCCCGCUACAGGGCGUUGAAGGAGCGCAUCAUGAGAAUCUCGGAUGACGUGCGGCAGAGCAGAGUGGAUGCACGAUGUUUGUUCUCGGCCACGCAUGUCGCUGCAUUGCUGGACGGUGCUUGCGACCACUUUGCAAGUGCUUCCGAUUUACCUUUCGACCUUGUCCAAGAGUCGAGACGCCGCAACCCAGUUCCAGAAAACCUUGAAAGCCAUGUCACAGAGUUUGUCGGCCGGGGCACGCCGCAGACGGAGCUCGUUACUUUUGCGAUGCCCGUCAUCGGAUCGAGCCUGUUUCUAGACGCCUACCCGCCGGGCGCACAUCUCUUUGAUCCUGUCGACGUCUUUGAGGGGCUCUACAGUGACAUGCUCAACAGGGCGUUUUCCAACGAGUCCAUGCCUCUCGGUAGGGAUGGCAGCACAUGCAUGCCGAGCGAUGGGCUCAUCCAACUCGUCAAAGCUCACUUCUACGGCCUCUCCUGCGGACACGUUCAUUGUGAGGCUUGCGUAUGGGACUACGGCAGGCCAUCUGAUGAGGACCCAUGGGUCACGCUGUAUGGUCAAUGUCAUCUCUGCGACACCCUGCUGAGUGAGGAGGCUGUCAUCCGAAGGCAUCCACCAACAGCCGGCGUGGGAGUGUUUUGCCUCGACGGUGGCGGGGUCCGAGGGAUCGUGUCGCUAGAGAUCUUGAAGCGCAUCCACGAGGCUAUCAAGCUUCCAAUCCCGUUGACUCGGUUCAUCAAAAUCUUUUUCGGCAUCAGCCUGCCCGUUGCCACGAUUGACAAGAAGCCGCUAGAGAGGAUCUUCACCAACUACAAUGGCGUGGGCAAGAGACCUCGCAAUCAAGGAAGGUCUCGGAAACGUGCCCUUGUGGGAAGUCAUAUCUACGAUGUCGGCUCUUUUCAGGAUGCAGGCCCCCUUGUUGAUCCAACCCUCUCCGCCCUGUGCGAGGUGACUGCUCUGUUCCCUCUCCUGGUAGAGCCUGACUUUGUCGUCUCCAUAGGCACAGGCGAGAGCCAGCCGAGCAACGCGGCGGCAACGGAGGAUUUGCGCGGGGUGCUUGGUAACGGGGCCGUCCCACGACUCGGCAGACUGUUUUGGGAGAAGAUGGGGGACAAGAAAGUAAAACAAAUGCUAGGGAAGAAAUCACGCCACCAUCGGUUGAACGUCUACUUUGAUGGAGACGAGCCAAUGUUGGACAAUGCACCAUGCAUGGCAGAGAUGGGGGAAAGGGCACGAAACGACCCAUUGCUGACGGAGCCAAUAGCCUACUUGCGUCGUUGUAUGCUGGCGUCCCUGUUCUACUUUGAGCUUGAUGCCCUGCCAGAACGUUGCGGUGGGCGACUUGUAGGCACUGGAACAAUGCUUUGCACUAUUCGGAAGAGCGAGUUGGGAUUUCAAGAUCUUUUCCUCCAACUGUCUACCAACUCAGUACAGAUCGUGGUGGACGGAAGCCCGUUGUGCGGCGUCAAUGACUUGACAUGCUUUGAUAGAGGAGGGAAUUUUCGAAAGUUAAUCAAAGUCGACAGCCAUGGCAGGCUUGAAAUAGCCCUGCGAGAAGGAUCAGCAGAACCCUGCCACAUCAGUCGAUCACCAUUCGCCAUCGAUCAGCUGGUGACUCUGCAGGGUCUGGAUGCCGUAUUUGGGAGGAGGGCCUGCCGCAAACGGAAGAGCGCUUGUGCCGACACCAGCCCGAGGAAGCGGCGCGCGGCAGUGUGA